GAGCCUGAGGAGGUGUCUGCUGCAAGUUCCUGGCUGAUUCUGAGCUCACACCAUCCUCCGAGAGGGAGGAGGCUCAAGUGAUGCUGCUGCUGCCGCCGCCGCCGCCUCUACUGCUGGUACUCUAGUGGAGCUGGAAAGGGUGGUUCCUAUCGCACCAUCGCCAACCAGAGAGGGAGGGGAGAAAAAAAAAAUCCCAGCAGCGGCUGCUGAUGUUGGCUUCCGAGGCUGCAUCCGACGCGGUCACAAGGAAAAUGGAUUCAGUUUGUAGCCCUCCCUCCUUCCAGCAUCUUCUCCUGGUCUCAGCAUGGGCUUCUGGGGCAGCGGUUGAGAAGACCUUAGCAAGGAGCACCACGCAGUAGUUGCUGAAACCUCUCACUCCAGGAAAUGAAACAGUAACAUGGCAGUACCUGUUUGAGAGGAUUAAAAUCCAAAAGACUCCAUUUAGCAAGGAACAAUGUCCAAGAAAGGGCGAAAUAAGGGCGAGAAGCCCGAGGCACUCAUUGUCGCCCUCCAAGCUGCCAACGAAGACCUCAGGACCAAGCUGACAGACAUUCAGAUAGAACUGCACCAAGAGAAGUCCAAGGUAUCAAAGCUUGAAAGAGAGAAGACGCAAGAAGCAAAGAGGAUUCGUGAGUUGGAGCAGCGCAAACACACGGUCCUGGUGACGGAGCUCAAAGCCAAGCUCCAUGAGGAGAAGAUGAAGGAGCUGCAGGCCGUGAGGGAGAAUCUCAUCAAGCAGCAUGAGCAGGAAAUGUCAAGGACAGUGAAGGUGCGGGAUGGGGAGAUCCAGAGACUCAAGUCUGCUCUGUGUGCUCUCCGGGAUGGCAGCAGCGAUAAAGUAAGGACAGCACUCACCAUUGAGGCCCGGGAGGAGGCCCGGAAACAGUUCGAUGCAGAGCGCCUGAAGCUCUUGCAGGAAAUUACAGACCUGAAAACUGCCAAGAAGCAGGUGGAUGAGGCGCUGAGCAAUAUGAUCCAGGCGGAUAAAAUCAAGGCUGGGGACCUUAGGAGUGAGCAUCAGUCCCACCAGGAAGCCAUCUCGAAGAUCAAGUGGGAGUCAGAACGGGACAUUCGGAGGCUGAUGGAUGAAAUCAAAGCCAAGGACAGGAUCAUCUUUUCCCUGGAAAAGGAACUGGAGACUCAGACAGGCUAUGUCCAGAAACUCCAGCUUCAGAAGGAGGCUUUGGAUGAGCAGCUCUUCCUGGUCAAGGAGGCGGAGUGUAACAUGAGCAGCCCGAAGAGAGAGAUUCCAGGAAGGGCAGGAGAUGGCUCUGAACACUGUAGCAGCCCGGAUUUGAGAAGAAAUCAAAAGAGAAUAGCUGAACUGAAUGCUACUAUAAGAAAGCUAGAAGAUAGGAACACCUUGCUUGGAGAUGAGCGAAACGAGUUGUUAAAACGUGUGCGGGAAACCGAAAAACAAUGCAAACCUCUCCUGGAAAGGAACAAGUGCCUCGCCAAGAGAAACGAUGAACUGAUGGUGUCCUUGCAGCGCAUGGAGGAGAAACUAAAAGCCGUAACCAAGGAAAACUCAGAAAUGAGAGAGAAAAUAACAUCUCACCCGCCCUUAAAGAAACUGAAGUCUCUGAAUGACCUUGACCAAGCUAAUGAAGAACAGGAGACCGAGUUUCUCAAACUGCAGGUCAUUGAGCAGCAGAACAUCAUUGACGAGCUCACCAGGGAUCGAGAAAAACUCAUCCGUAGGAGAAAGCACAGAAGAAGCUCGAAGCCAAUCAAGAGGCCUGUUUUGGAUCCAUUCAUUGGCUAUGAUGAAGACUCCAUGGAUUCAGAAACAUCAUCCAUGGCCUCCUUUAGAACGGACCGGACACCUGCCACUCCCGAUGAUGACUUAGAUGAAAGUCUAGCUGCUGAAGAAUCUGAGCUACGAUUUCGACAAUUAACAAAAGAAUAUCAAGCCCUCCAAAGAGCAUAUGCCCUCCUGCAGGAGCAGACUGGAGGCAUCAUAGACGCUGAAAGAGAAGCCAAGGCACAAGAGCAGCUCCAAGCAGAGGUGCAGAGAUACAAGGCCAAAAUCGAAGAUCUGGAGGCGACACUAGCUCAGAAAGGGCAGGAUUCACACUGGGUAGAAGAUAAACAACUUUUCAUUAGGAGAAACCAGGAGCUUUUAGAAAAGAUAGAGAAACAGGAAGCAGAGAAUCACCGUCUACAGCAGGAACUCCAAGACGCCAGAGACCAGAACGAGCUGCUGGAGUUUCGCAACCUAGAACUAGAAGAGAGAGAGAGGAGAUCCCCUCCAUUUAAUCUACAAAUUCACCCCUUCUCAGAUGGUGUGAGUGCUCUGCAGAUCUACUGCAUGAAGGAAGGUGUCAAGGAUGUCAACAUCCCUGACCUCAUAAAGCAGCUUGAUAUCCUGGGUGAUAACGGGAACUUAAGGAAUGAAGAACAGGUAGCCAUAAUUCAAGCCAGCACUGUGCUGUCCCUGGCAGAGAAGUGGAUCCAACAGAUUGAAGGAGCAGAGGCUGCCCUGCACCAGAAAAUGAUGGAACUGGAAAGUGACAUGGAACAAUUCUGCAAAAUCAAAGGCUACCUGGAGGAAGAACUGGACUACAGGAAACAAGCUCUUGACCAGGCAUAUAUGAGAAUCCAGGAACUAGAGGCUACCUUGUACAAUGCUCUGCAGCAAGAGACUGUGAUCAAGUUUGGUGAACUGUUAAGUGACAAACAGCAGGAGGAGCUGAGGACGGCUGUAGAAAAAUUACGGCGGCAAAUGCUGAGGAAGAGCAGGGAGUACGACUGUCAGAUCCUCCAGGAGAGGAUGGAACUCUUACAGCAAGCCCACCAGAGAAUCCGUGACCUAGAAGAUAAGACAGACAUCCAAAAGCGGCAGAUAAAGGACUUAGAAGAAAAGAAAAAAAUCAAGAACACAGAUCAUACCCCCAGAAGGCAAAUGCUUUUAAACCUUCAAAGAUGGCAAAAUUGUUUACAUCGACAUAAGGGAAAUCAAAAGCUAAGAACUACCUACUCUGUAGCCAAGACUGUGCUUUAAAGCCGUUAUUCAAGAUUUCUUACUUGACAGUUUAUAAUGACCCUGUUGAAAAAUCUACAUUAUAUGCUGCAUUUAAUGAAAUGUGUGUAUGUCGAACCAGAAGAAGAGAACUAACUAUAAACGUACAGUGUGUAAAGGAAAAAUUCAGCAAUGAAACCAGUUUCAGCAGAUCAAGAGAAGAUGUGUCUUGGGCAUGGAACCAAAGUUACAAAGAAACAUUCAACUCCUGCUGUGCAGGGGGGGUCAUUUUAAUGUAACACCACACCCCAUAGAAAGACUAUUCCUGAAAAUAAACAUCAUUUUAAAAAAAACAAAAGAAAAAAAAAAACAAGGGUGGGCGGGGAAUGAAGCACGAGGAGUACCUAUGAGGAGCUAUUUACAAUAAAAUGUUUCAUUUGAAAAGUCUGGUUUCUUACUACAGGGAUUUGCUUUUCUGUCCUUAUAAUUGUUUUAAACUCAGGAACAGAGACGUCCAUGAUACGGAUGGAAGAAACAUUCUCCAUUUUGUUUCUCCAAAAGGUGGAGUUGGGGAUCAGAAGUGGAUCCCAGUUAUGCUACAAGCAACCAAGUCAAAGGACUCUGGGGAGUGUAACACGGGCUAUAAAUGGAAAUCUGAUGCUUCCUUGUAUCACAUGCCUGCAUUUCUCCACCAUGGACAGACUGGUCUCAUCCAUAUUGAAAAUGAUGAAGAUUAUACCCACAAGUUACAAACUCCCUAACUUAGCUCUGUCUAGAGCAUCAAGAUCUAUAGGGAACUAGGGCCAGAAAACACCUCUGCAUCUUCCAGUUUCAAGUUCAAAUUGCCUGCAAAUGAAUAAGCUGUCCAACUUGGGUAACAUCCUAGAAGUGAUAAGUCAAAUGCCAACAGUCGGGUUUGCCAGAGAGCUAUGGAUAUUAAGUAUCCUGCUAUACCCAAAGCAAUCUGAACUCUUGUCAUUUAGAACAAUGAAAUUAUUUUCUGAGAUAGAUGACAGAGACAAGAUGGGUCUACUUUUUUAGAAAGAGGUAACGUUACUGACACUGUGGUUCUUUACCACAGGCAGGUAGAAAACUCGUACUUCUCCUAAGUUAUGUAUUACUGAGUCUUGGAUUCAGCGCUGACAGUAAGUAUAUGUUCCUGAAAAGCUGAUUUUACACCUCAUUUACUGUAGAUAACAAGACAACCUCAAGUUUUCAAAUAUUCCAAGUUUUCUUUCGGGAGCUAGAAUUCCCAUGCAUAGAGAAUGUGUGUAGGGAGCCAGAAACUCUUUCUAGGAAAUGUUACACAAAUAGUUCCAUAUGUGAAUUGAGCAUAUUCUCCUUCAGUUUCUGCACUGGCAUUUUCCAAGCCAGAACAACAACCGAAAAAUCUACAAGACAAAACAGGAUGCUGGAGUCCCACAUUUCUGUCCUUGUUUUGAAUGCUUACCUACCCAAGUGUUUGGCCCAGUCACUGAGCCUCUCUGUGCCUCAGAUUCCUCAUCUGCAAAAUGGGGGUUAGAUGCUUUUUUUUUUUUUUUUUUUUUGGAAGGUUUUAUUUGCAAUUCUGGAACAAGAGGUGCUUAAAGUAGCACAAAGUGCUUUGUAACUGUUGUAAAUGCUAUAUUGUUUGACUUCCCUGUACAACGAAACAGUUACCGAGUUUGGUUCAAACAGCAUAGCAUUACUGGAGCUUCCCCAUCAAGCUACCUGGGACAUUGUUAGCAAUAAAUUGUGAGAUUCAAAACCACGAUGCUGAAUCAUCUAUCUCAAAUGGAUUGACUCAUGCUAUGUUAUUCCCAUGCUAAGCACCUCCUAUGCUCUCCCGAUUGCAUAAACACACCAUCAAACCAGACCCUGUUGCCAUCACAGGAGAGCCAACCAUGCAACCAAGUGUUGGCAAGAAGAGAAAGCAACCGAGAAACCCGAAUAUUUCUUUCAAGGAAUGCCAGAUGAUGUGUCCUAAAGCAAACAUAAAAAUCAGAGCUAUCCAAUGGACUCUUUGUGCAACUAAGGUAAGUUCCAGAUCAAACGCUAAAGAUUUAGGUUCAUCGUGCAGUUGAUGUGAAACAGGGUACUUAUACUAUGCCUGCCACCCAGCUAACUCUCAGUCAUAUGUGGAAAAAUACAAAUGACUUUUUUUUUAACCUCUUUAAUUACACUUCACCUACCAUUAUGGGGCCCACUUGAGAAAAUCCAUACUUUAUCUGCUCCAAACAUGCCUUUCUUCUCUCCUUUUGGCCCUCCCUAUCAAGAACCUGAUAGGUUAAUUUUAAUACCAGAGCACUACAUGUAAAUUAUUAUGAAUGUUAAUAAUAUGCCAUAUCUGCUUCCCUGCUGUUAGUUGAAUUGCAUCAAUCCCAUACUGAACUGUGAGAGCAGCGGCUGAUUGGUCAUCUCUAAAACUUAGACGUGUGUGUGUGUGUGUGUGUGUGUGUGUGUGUGUGUGUUGGAGAACAUUCUUUCUGUUUAAUAUCCAGAAUACCAAGGAAAUUUCUCUAGAUUGUGAGCUAAAUGGUGUUAUCUUUACCAAGUUUGGGUCAUGUCCUCAAAAUGAACGCUCUAAUAUUUAGACUAGGGAAUUUUGAAAGAUUCCAUCCAUAUUUACAAUUACAGCAAUGUUGAGAAAAUUGCAGGUGUGUGUUUUGCUCAUUUACAGAUCCAUGAAAAUGGAAUGCUUCCUUGCAUAUGAUGCUCAGAAAAGCCAAAAGAAUGUAACUUUAGUAAUAGAGAGAUCUGCUACGACUUUGUUUCUUAUUUUCCAAAAAGAUAAUUCCCACUUAUUUAAUUUCUGUAUCUAUACCAUCCAUAUACACUUGGCCAGAGAUUGAGGGAGAAUUAGCACAAUAAGAGUCCAUUUACCUAUGUUCUCUUAGCCAAGGACGCAUCUCUUUGAAACUGACUGGAGUAGUUCAAGAGGAAGAAAAGCUCCUAUUUAGCACUGCCGGCACAGUGACCUCACCAUGAGUGAGAAGAAAUGCAAAGACUCUGUGUGAUAACCAUUCUACAAAACACUGUCAUCAGCUUCACCAUCCCUUUUUAAAUAUCAUCUAACUUGUAUUUCAGAUGAAGAAUUAGGUUAGUGAUGAUCCUGUUUGACUUAGGUCUUGUCAGUUAAAUUGCUGCUAAAAGUAAGGUUUUAAGAAUGAAAGAAUACACUUGGCCUUGAUUUUGAUUUUUUUCUUCCAUCUAGAAAUAACUUCUUAUGCAAGUAUGUGGUUCUCCCCAGCUUAGGAGAUAGGGUCAUCUCUGGGAUCAGAAAGGGUUUCCACCCACUGUAGAAGAAAUAAAAUUUGCCAAACCAUUUGUGCUGCAGUAUUUUAUUUCAACCUGUGUAUUUUUCAUUAUUUACAUCAACCUUGUCCAGUUUUCUUCUGCUUAUUUAUUGUUAACUUUUUCUAUAAACCCAUUGUAAAAUUUGUAUGUUUAUAUCUUCAUUGUAAUUGAUAAGCACCUUAUUUUAAAAUGAUGCCUAUUGUUUUAACCUGCCUGGGUUUUCAUAGAAACUGUAAAAAGAAUAUCUGUUGGUUAUAUGUUGGUAUUUAAAUAACUGGACAGUCUCUGCAAUCUUACAUCAAAGUAGAUGACCAAUGUACUCUAUAUUAAAACAUAUAGUUGUAUAUUUUUUAUCUGUCAAAAAGUGGAGUGGAACACACACACACACACACACACACACACACACACACACACACACGAGUGUACUGGAAUAAGAAUUGUAGGAAUCAACUAUGUCAUUUGGGAGUCACAUUGCUUUUGUUACAAUUUAACUGCCCUUGCUCUCUCUCCACCUUUCCCUCACCUCCCUUCUUUUUUAUUUUUUCUAUGGUGGUGCUAGAGGUUGAAUCCAGGUGCCUGAGUAUUCUAGACAGCAUAGAGCCAUAUCCCAUCAGAUCCUUGCCCUGGUAACGUAAUAGGUUUUAGGGAUUAAACUUGAUCUACUAUUUGGAAAAAAAAAAUAAGUUUUGAAGUAUCAGUAAUGGAAGUAGAUCUUAGACGACUGUUUAUGGCCUGAGCUACUGCUUCCAGGAUGGACCCACACUCCUCUUCCAGUGAAUUUCUAUUCUGGAUGGGAAAAGAGACACAGGAGAAAGAUCUCCUUCCUGACUACUUUGUAAUUCCCAUACAGAAUACUGCCUAGAGAGUGGAUUCCAGACAUCGCUACAGAAGGACUUAGCAUGAUGGAAGAAUGGAGUUGGUCCUCAGGAUGCCUCUUUAAGGGCCAAAUUCUAUUAUUCCAUUUCAUAACUGAGCAGGGCAGGUCCUCAUUCCAUCCCUGACUUUAGCAGUUGAGUUCUUCCUAAAUAAAUCUUCUAUUGCUGGGAGAGCCUGAGUCCAAUUCUUAAUUGGAAUGUUAAAAGAUGUAUGUAAAGGGACAGUACCGGAAAAUGGAUUAUAAUUUACUACAUUCAUUCUGCUGUGUCAAACUCAGAGGUAUAAAUGAUUGACUUAAAUGAGGCUUUCUGUACCAAACUUUUUACACCCACCAUAUUUCCAUUUUUGUUAUCUACAGUCCUAUAGGGUGGCUGUGGUGGAGGCAAACAAUAUUGAAUCCCCUUUGCCCACUAUGAAGACUGCACAUACUUCCUAAAGGAUGUAUGAUCUCAUUUCCUAAUUAGGAGCAGACCUGGAACCUGUUAGAAACUGUAAUCCCUUGUUUGACUGACACCUCACAAAAUGUGCCUAUUUACCCACUAGCUACACUGUCUCCCCCACAGUAAAGCAGGUCGACAUCCAAACACUUAUAAGGUGUACUUAUUCAUGCAUAUGUAUUCUGUACACAGUAUGAUGGUGCAGGCAUCAAUAGAUAUGUAUCUCAGACCUGGACAGAGUACUUAGAGAAGAUGCUUUUCUGAUGUUGCUAGGCAACUUGCUUUUGUCUAGCAUAUGGUGUCUACACUCACCCUUCCUUGGCUGCCUCUUGGCUCGGCUGACCCACCUUCCACCAUUACCACUCUCUCCUGUUGCCUGUGAAUUUUCAAUGACUCAGUCCCCCUAAGCCAGAAAUUUUUAUUCCUAGAAUCUCAACAAAGAAAGCCAGCGCAAUUUACAGUAUUAAUGUCAGUCAAAGGUCCUAUGUUUUUUAUCAACUAAACUUGCAUCUCAAGAAGCUUUUGUGCAUGAUCUAACCUAUAGUGUCUAAUUCUGUUGGGACUUAAGUUUAGAGUGAAUAGGUUUGAAUCCACAACUCCUUGUGUGUCUACUGAGUUAGUGUAGCCAGGGAGCCUGUUUCCAAAGCGUCCCCCUGUUUUCAAAGGAAAUACAGUCGCCUGCAUUAGUCAGGGUUUUCCCUGUCUCAUCAGCAUGACUCUGUAGGCUACUUCACUGCUUACUCAUGAGAGGGAGGACAGAGCUGGUUGCAGCAGAGGGAUUAUGGGAAGUUCAUGGGACAUGUACAUGUACUGUAUGUAUCACCAUAGAGACUGGAAUCCAUUUAUUGUAUGUAAAGUUUUAUGAAUGGUUAUUUUAUAAUUUAUGUAUUUAAUAUAGCAAUCAAUGAAUUCUGGUGUUUUAGUUUCUAUGAAAAAAAUAAACUGCAUUUUUAAGAAAAAUAUUUACCUUGUAUUAUUCCUAGGAUUUUUUAAAAAUUAUAACUCAACUCAUAACGUUUUGUAAAAGCAGGGUGAGGCAAAUUAGGAUUAACGGCAUAAUUUUGUGAAAUAAAUUCAACAUCAAGAAUAGGAAGCACAUAUCUUCUCUUGUCAGUCUUUGGAAAUCUCAAAUUUAUGCUGUUUGGCGCAGGCACACUUACAAGGAGACCAAGGCAGGAUGUACAGCCUUCUGCAAAGAGCUGUAGUUCUUAGCAUCCCUUUUCAGAGGAGUGUGCCAAGUGCUCACUAUCCCAAUUCUAACCUUGCUUCCAUGUUCCCAGCUAUUUAUCCCUGCCCCCUGCUUUGUAGAGUUACCAGACAUGGUAACUGAGCAAGUGUGUUCUACAGGAGCAUCCGCCAUGUGUCAAAUUCUAUGUUCUAGAUGCUCUGGGUGAAAUUUCAUAGACCUUGCAAUCUGAUGUGGUGAAAAACCUAGACAGGCUUGAGGGGCUGGUCACUGCACAGGCUUUGAGUCAAAUCCUGUUCUAUGUUUUAUUUAUGCUCUUCCUGGCCAGGAAUUCUCUCUCAUUUCCCCCUCACCUACAUAUGUCUUACAGUUGCAGGUGUACCUUAGCUAUCACCUCCUUCAAGAAUUGAGUAUGUUUUUAACACUUGUUGAGGCCAGAUUCCUUACAGAUACAUGAAACCACUUAUGUGUAUAUAAGCUAUAACAAUAGAAAGGAGACUGGGGAAGGAAGGGCUGGCAGUUAGGGAAGGACGAGAGGGAGAGAAAGGGAUGGGAAAAGACGUGAAUAUGUUCAAAACUGUCUUUAUGAAACUCAGCACUAUGUACAAUGCACAUGCAUCAGUAAGAAACUUUGAAAAACGUGUUUGGCAGAGUAGCCUUUCCAUGGUCCCUGUGUCCUGUUGUGCUUUCCCACACAAAGUUACUGGGGUUGUGCCUUUUCAC